AUGGAUAUGGAUUACGAUUUUCAGCAGCAAUGGGGCAUUCCCCCCCCUCCCCCGCCCACCGUCCCCACCGAGAUAAUCGACGACCUGCACACCACCAUAAUCCGCACGCGCCGCACGCUCCAGGACUGCGACAACCAGCUCAACCAGCUGCAGAGCACGCUCAAGUCGUACCUUGCCCACGGCGACGACACGGGCCUCGGCGGCGCGAUGGAACUGACGCAUGGGGUGCUGCGCGAGUGGUUUGGCACCGUGGCAGAGUUUAUGCCGCUGGUGGCGCAGGUCGAGGAUAAGGAGGAUAGGCUGAUGAAGCUGCUGGAGGCGACGAGGGAGGUGGUGGGGUGCUUGUUGGCGACGUUGAGGUGGGCGGGGAGGGGAGGUGGGAGGGCGGGGGGGAGGGGAGGGAGGGGGAAUGUUUGUAUCGUGUAG